AGAGUCAAUAUAAAGCGUCUUCGGUGGCCGAAUCGGAAAAUAAUUAUGAAAUUUCUACGAAAAACAAGCCUAUAAAAAGUGUCCCAAAAGGAAAAAGUAAAAGGAAGAAAAAGUUGAGGGCCAGAAAAACUUUCUCCAACACAAACAAAAAAAGGAAGAGGAUCACGAAGAAACAAACUUUCCUCUGUGUCUUCUGUAAGAUACUUGAAGAAGGCGCAGUAGUCAAACACGCAAACCCACAAAACAAAGCUUCUGUGAUUCUUUCUUGAAGAAAAGACGGCUUAAAGAAGAAAAGGGGUAAAUAUGAUUUCAUCAAUAGCUUCGAUUUCUUCUUCUUCUUCAGCCACGGUGAGGGUUGAGAAGGCAACCAGCGAGUUCUUGAUCGGACCCGACUGGACCAUGAAUAUAGAUAUCUGUGAUGCCGUCAAUUCCAACCAGAUGCUUGCAAAAGAUGUUGUCAAAGCUGUCAAGAAACGAUUGCAGCAUAAGAAUCCGAAAGUUCAAUUACUCACUUUAACGCUUCUGGAGACGAUGGUCAAGAACUGUGGUGAUUAUAUGCAUUUUCAAAUUGCUGAAAGAAGUAUUCUGCAAGAAAUGAUCAAAAUUGUAAAGAAGAAGACAGAUAUGCAUGUGAGAGAUAAAAUUCUUGUACUCAUUGACUCUUGGAGAGAGGCAUUUGGUGGAUCUGGUGGAAGAUAUCCUCAAUAUUACAUUGCUUAUGAGGAUCUGAGGCGGUCGGGAGUACAAUUUCCUCAGCGUUCUCCAGAUACAGCUCCAAUAUUCACUCCACCUGUUACUCAUCCAUUACCCAGACAUCCUCAACCAGGUUAUGGAAUGCCAAGUAGUUCUACAACAAGACUUGAUGAAGCUAUGGCAGCAGAAGUGGAAACUCUAAGUUUAUCAAGCCUAAAUGCUAUGGGGGAUGUUCUGGAUCUCUUGGCUGAUAUGUUGCUAGCUGUAGAUCCAAGUGACCGUUCGGCUGUUAAAGAUGAAGUGAUAGUUGACCUUGUUGAACGAUGCCGUGCCAACCAGAGGAAAUUAAUGCAAAUGUUGACAACUACUGGGGACGAAGAACUUCUUGGUCAGGGACUUGAAUUAAAUGAUAGACUGCAGACUGUACUGGCAAAACAUGAUGCAAUAGCUUCUGGUUCGCCAUUACCACCUCAAGUUACAAAUGUCAAUCCCCAGUCGGCGGAGAUACAUGAAAUUAGUCUCAGUCCUACCGAAGUCACCGAACAGAGUUCAAAACCAAAUGGUAAACCUUCUGCACCAGUGGUUCCUUUGACUCGGGGUCUGAUUGAUGGCGAAGAAGAAGAAGAUGAAGAUGACUUCGCACAGUUGGCAAGAAGGUCUUUUUCUAUUUAUUUAUUUAGAAUCUCCUAGUAUACAAUCUUCACA